AUGUGCUUCUAUGACGCCAACGAGAUGGCCUGCCAGUGCUGGAAAUGGGGACAUUUCCGACAACACUGUGCCAAAGAAUACCGUACUGGUGAAACCUGCGGCAUGAAACUGGUCAUGAACCGCUACAAACUAGCGGAGAAGUGCAAGAUCUGCACCAAGAUCGACACCAAGGAGAGAUCCAUCCGCAAGGAGGAAGACAGAAUUCGCCGCUGGAGGAAGGAACAUGGCCGCACCGCUUCCAUUGCCAAGGCUGAAGAAGAUAUCUACGCCUAUCAAUGUGACAUUCAGAGGCUCUUGCACGAACGCGAGGUGAAGAGAGGCAACUUGGCCUGGUAA